AGGAAGGGGAUAUCGAAGGAGGAAAGCAAUCAAAAAGUGUCCAAAAGGCAGGACUAUCAGAAAAGGGGCCCCCAAAGCAGUGGAAGUACACCAUCAGCAUCUAGUCUCCUGGUGACAAGUGGAGUUGUCAUAUUUUGGAGCAGUCCUGGGCCUCUGAAGGGAAACCUCUAUUCCAAGAGAUAGCUAGGUAAGAUAUCAAAGAUGUCUUCUAUGAGCUCAUUCACCAAAGGCCAUGCCAUCACCAGCUCACACAGCCCUGCUGGAGGCUUAAUGCCUCUUUGCACAAGUGAUCCAGGUGCAGUAGGGCUGUCUGGCUUUUGCUUCCUGCUGCCAGAGAGGCUGAGAAAGGAAGAGCUUGAUGAAGGCCUAUGACUCAGCUCCCCAGCCUUAUUGAAGUCAAAGACGACGACUCAGGGAGGAAAGCUUUCAGAUACUGUCAAGGAAAAAGUCUCCACCCACAUCUGUCAGCUGUAGGCUCUGUAAAUGGAAAUUUUCAAUGCCACCAUUGUUGCCACUGCUUCUGCUACUGCCACUGUUGUGGGGUCAAGGUGAGCUGCCCCCACCUCCUACCUUCCUUAUAUGGUCAUUGCUGAAGACCUUGGCUUGGAGAAGAACACUGAACCAAUGGAACCACAAGAUUGGAGGAUAAAACUGAGGCCACUUCAGACAUCAGUUCCACUCAGCCUGCUUGUUUUUUCUCCCUGUUUGCUGCGAGGACUGCAGUUACAUUGCCAUUGGCCACUUUCCCCUUGCAGAUUCUGGAUGCUACCAAAUUAGCAGUCACUGACUUGAUUGGCCUGUCAGUUGGGCCCACCAGUCGUGACUGCCCCUGUACCCAUCCCUCACACCAGAUACUGAUCAUGAAAUGAGAUGCACAAUCUCUAACUCUCCUUCUUUUGCUGUUCCUGCUGUUUCUCACUUUAAAUUCCAACCCAUAUUGGGAGUUCCACUUAAUAUGAGAAUAGAGGCCCUUUGCAUUCCAGUCCCUUGGUCACAGCGGCAGGAUCUUCUGCUUCUCUUACCACACCUCCUAGCACCUCAUCCCUCUCCUUACAGCCUACCUUCUGUAGAAUUGAGUCACCUACACCUAUGUAUGUGGAUUCUCCUCCCUUUUUUAAACAGAAUCCUCGAGUCCCUUUCACCAGUAUCCCUAUCUUCACCAGCCAGCUCAUCACUGCUUCUGCAAUCAUUUCCACCAGCCCAGUCAGCCCGUCUGCAGACUGGAUCUCCUA